UACUGUGUGAGCUGUGAUUGGUCACAGCUUAUCACAUGGUACUAGGCUGUUGUGAAUAGCCUUGUACCAUGUGACCUCUGUGAUCAUUCACAGAUUUCACACGUGUUAAGCAAUGAUGCCAGGAAGUGACAUCUUGCUUACUACUCUUCAUGUGAUCACUGAUUGGCCAAUCACGCCGCAAUUUGCAGCCUCGGCUGUCAAUGACUGGGUCCUGGCCGGUGAUUUACCACCAGGCACCUGGUGAUCUCCGAGGAUUUCUGAUGGGGGGGGGGACUUUUAUGUAAACAAUACAGAUCUCUCCCCUGUCAGCUCCUGCACACUGCUUUGUA